CAACCUGCCAUUGGCAGAGGAAAAGCGGAAAAAACAUCUCUAUUCUAUCCUUCAUCACCCCCGGUGUACGCGCAGCCAUGCGGUUCGGCAAGACGCUGCAAGUCUCCAUCUACCCACCCUGGCGCGAGCAGUACCUCGACUACACCAAGCUCAAGAAGCUGCUGCGAGAUGAUGAAUCCGCGCCCUCCUCGCCUUCAACUGCUUCCGCUUCCCGAGCCGAUCCUUGGACGGAGGAAGAUGAGGGAGCGUUUGUGGAUGAGCUGGUGAAUGUGCAGCUGGAGAAGGUGCAUGCCUUUCAUCGGGAGACGUUCGAUAAGCUGCGUGAGCGGACGGCGAAGUGUGAGGCGGAGCUGGAUACUGUUGCUGUGUCCGAUGCUGGAGCAGCAGAGGCACCUGAGCUGCAGGGCAAAGAGCACGGCAAGGAGAAUGGGAAUGGCAAUGGCAAUGGCAACGGGAAGAAGCCCGUUCCGUCAGAGACGGAGAAGAGGAAGAUUCUCGAGCACGUCCUGUCAGAACUGGACCAAAUCACCAAAGAGACCAACGAGCUGGAGAAAUACAGUCGGCUGAACUACACUGGCUUCCUGAAGGCGGCUAAGAAACACGACAGGAAGCGAGGCGGCAGUUAUCGAGUCCGCCCUUUGUUGCAAGUCCGCUUGUCCGCUCUGCCCUUCAACAAGGAGGACUACAGCCCGCUGCUGUAUCGCCUGAGUGCCAUGUACUCAUUUGUGCGGCAGCAUCUCGAGGGCGUCGCUGUUCGCGGUCCGAGUAUGAAUGAGACGCACGAGGGCAAGGAGGAGUACACCAGUCACAAGUUCUGGGUGCACCCCGAGAAUCUGCUGGAGGUGAAGACGAUGAUCCUUCGACGACUACCCGUUCUGGUGUAUAACCCGCAAACCAGCAAGAUUGCCGAGGGCAGCCGGCCGGACCCGAGCAUCACCUCCAUCUACUUCGACAACCCCGCCUUCUCUCUGUACACGCAAAAAGUGGAUGCAGGAGCGGCGAACAGCCUUCGCUUACGAUGGUACGGCCAGCUGGACAACAAGCCGCCGAUCUGGGUGGAGAAGAAGCUCGUGACGGAAGACAACAUGUCGCAUGAGAGCCGCAUCACCACCAAGGAAAAAUACGUGCAGCAAUUCAUCAAGGGCGAGUACCACAUGGAGAAGCAGAUCAAGAAACUCGAAGCACGCGCAGGAGCCGAGAGCGAAGAAGCCAAGAACCUCCGAUCUUCGGUCGAGGAGAUCCAGGAGUUCAUCAAGGAGAACGACCUGCAGCCCGUGCUCCGUGCAAACUACACCAGAACCGCAUUCCAAAUUCCCGGCGACGACCGAGUGCGGAUCAGUCUUGACACCGAUCUGGCCUUCAUCCGUGAAGACGCCAUCGACGCCGACCGGCCGUGUCGAGACCCCGAGUCCUGGCACCGAACCGACAUCGACAACCAAGAGCUCGAGUACCCCUUCUCCUCCAUCCGCAAAGGCGAAAUCACCCGCUUCCCCUUCGCCCUCCUCGAAAUCAAGCUGCGCACGGCCAACAAGAAGGCCGAAUGGAUCCAGGACAUCAUGCACUCGCAUCUUGUCAAGGAAGCACCACGCUUCAGCAAAUUCGUGCACGGUGUUGCGCAAUUGUUCGAGGAUUACGUCAACACCUUCCCCUUCUGGCUGAGCGAGAUGGAAGUCGACAUUCGUCGCGAUCCGCAGCAGGCCUUUGCCGAGGAGCAGGAAAAGCGACGAAAGGCGGUGGAGGACGAAGUGGCCGUCGGCUCGCUGAUGAACAAAAGCUCGAGCCCGUUGGCCAAAGCCAGCGCAAAGAAGGGCGUGAUCAGCCCCGUCGGCAGUCCCAGCAUCGCCUCCAAACUCCACCAGUCCCCCCGGACCGAAAGCGGUCGUCUCGGCCACCAAGCCACCGAAGCAGCCACCCAACAAAACGACACAGUCGAAGAGCCCGACGAAGACGAAACGGGCGCGCGCACAUACGGCACCAUGUCGCGCAGCAACGGCAACGAAGCGCACGGCUUCGUCGGCGGCCUCAAAAACCUCAUCCCCUCCUUCUCCACCAGCAAAUACGCGCAGCACAAACGCCACCACCAGAAACUGCCGCCCGGCGUCACCAAGCCCGACUUCUGGAUCAAAGAUCAAGGCGACAUCAAAGUCGAGGCGAAGGUGUGGCUUGCGAACCAGCGCACGUUCGUCAAGUGGCAGCACGUCGCUGUCCUGCUUGGCUCGUUGAGUUUGGGACUGUACAAUGCCGCUGGCGAGCACAAUAACAUUGCGCGCGCGCUGGCGGUGGCGUAUAUUGUUGUUGCCGUGUUUGCUGGCGCGUGGGGGUAUGGCGUGUUUAUUUGGCGGACGCAUUUGAUUGAGAGGCGCUCUGGCAAGGAUUUCGAUGCUGUGCUGGGGCCUUGUGUUGUUUGCAUUGGGCUUGUUAUUGCGCUUAUUGCUAACUUUGCUUUCAAGUACCGACUCGUGCUCGAGGAAAGGGAGGGCAAGGCGGGCAUGGGAGUGAACGGCACUCAGUGGCUGUUGAACGCUGGAGAGUUGUAGGUAUUGUAUAGUAGAUUCCAUCACUCUGGCACACCUCGCUGGUGGCUGUCAUUAGAAUUGAAUACAGGCAUCAUUUCAUCCCGACUUGCUGUACACCGUACAUCGGCAAUUGACGGGCAUACCAAGCACUCGACGGUGCGUCCCAAAGAGGCAGUUCCCGCUCCGACUUCCAC